UUAGGCUCUGGAAUGAACAGAAUCUUACACUAUCACAAACGAGUGCUGAGGGGCCAAACUCCCUUGCUUGGCUAAUUGUUUGGACCGGUGGAAAAGAUUGCAGCUAGGAUUCCCGCAAGGGAAAAUUGUGCACCCAUUUGACCAUUGCUGAGAACCCACCCCAGGAACCCCUUAUUGAGAUUCCACCAUGGAGGAUGUUCAGGUGGAGGAAGAUGUUCCAAAGGAGGGGGCAGAGGUGGAGAACACAGAGCCAUUACCUGCAGAGAGCUAUGCAGCAGAGUCUAUGGCUGCAGACAUGGACCCCUGGAUCAUAUUUGACUCUCGCAAAACGCCUGCAGCUGAGUUUGACGGCUGGCUGGAGACCAACAGGCCAUCCCAGGUGGGGCGCUUUGGGGACGAGGAGGGUGGUAAGGGACCUGUGGGGUGGAUCGCUGUGUUGGGCCCGGACCACUGCCCUGCCACAGGGGACAUCACUGGACUCCAGGCGAGCUGGGAGAGGCUGCUGACCAGCGGGAGAACCAUCACCUUCCAGACUGUGAAAGAACUGGCACUGAACCACAGGGUGCUCACCGGCAAGUGGCUGAUGCACCUGGACUCAGGCUUCAAGGUGGACCAUGCCUGGGAGUGUGUGGCCAGAGCAGCCGUGGAAGGGAAGAUCCUCCAGACCAAGGUGAGCCCGCGCGACCCCACGUCUGACCGUAAGCAUGUCAUCUGUUCCUAUAACAAGGACUUCACAGAUGAGAACGAGGUGAUGAGGCUGGAUGCAGUCAUCCGGGCCACGGGCGUCAAGUGCUUGCUGUCCUUCAAGCCGGAUGUUUACACUUACCUGGGUAUUUACCGCAACAACCGCUGGAAUCUCUGCCCCACAAUCUACGAGAGCAAGUACGACCUGGAGUGUGUGCCCCGACGUUCCCACAUCGUCAACAAAGUCACCAAUCUGGAGGUCACCUAGGAAAGGAGUGUGGGAGGAUAGUUUGCUAUUGCUAAACAAGCACUUAGUGUUGGACACGCCAUGAAUUAGGCUAUAUUGUACAGCACUGUACUUCUGACUUGGGUUCAGUUAAUUCCCCGAAGUAUGGGGUUUAAUAUUUCUGAGAUCUUCCUAUACGUCUCGAAGCAGACUUGUUCAUCAUGCUGAAAUUAAUUUCAGAUAAUUUCUUGCCAUAGUUCAUUGCAAGGUGCUUCAAGAUUCAGAUUAUAUUGUCUACAUACAAGCAAAAAUGUUGUAAAUCAAGUCUUUAAUUUACUUAUUCGGUAGUGCAGCUGCCAUCCACAACUCUGAAACCAGAGCUUGUCACUGGUCAUGCAGUGACUGAAUACAUGCAUGUUUUGUUGUGAUUCUGUACCUUUUAACAUUUACAAAGAUGUCAAGGUUUCUGUAAUAAAAAUGUCUUACCAUUUUCAUUGUUUGGCUUCAAUAUGUUUUGUGCUCAAUGUCAUCAAUUACAACAAUUGCCAAAUAAAUGUAUUUUAAACAUU